AUGGCAACAAGGCCAUUGGCUAGAAUGGGCAUUGAGGCCACACUGCUCAGCAAGCUGAAGGCUAGAAACCUGAACACGGCUCAGGAUGUCCUCACCUCGACACAGCUCGAUUUGAUUGAAAUCCUGGAAGAUGUGACUGAAACAGAAAUAGAAGCAUUGGUGCUAGCAGUCAGCAAGCAUGUUGCACCAACUCCAGCUAGGGCCUAUGAACUUCAACAUCAAACGACUCCCAAAGGACGCCACCUGCCCACAUGCAUUCAGGAGCUAGACACUGCCUUGAGAGGAGGCAUCCCGAGCGGUAGCUUGACAGAGCUGGUUGGACCUGCAGGUGUGGGGAAAACACAAUUCUGCCUCCAACUAUCUGUUUCGGCAGCCAAACCACGACAUGCAGGCGGAUUAGGACGUCAUGUGCAUUACUUUGACACCGAAAAGAAAUUCACAUCGAAUAGGGUUGCUGAAAUAGCUGAACACCAGAUAGGUCAGGUGCCGGGGUCGAAGAAUCUUGUUGAAGAAACGCUGGCCAAUAUAAGUGUGAUGAGGCCAGGUACCGCUGGUGAAUUGCUGCAGAGCAUCAAGUCAUUGGAGUCUUCGAUCAUCGAGCUACAAGUGGGACUGGUGUUGCUCGACAGUGUGGCGGCUCUUGUGCGCACGGGCUAUGGACACGAGCAACUGGUUGAGAGGCAGGAAAUGCUGGGCCUACAAGCCGCCUCCCUCAAGUAUCUUGCACAGAUAUUUGAUAUUCCGGUUGUUGUGACGAAUCAGGUGAUGGCAAGGUUCCAAACCCAGAGCACACCAGGUCCCGAAGCUUCUAUCCAGGCUUUUUCCAGAUCGACGACGCCAUUGCAUGGGCACCCAGAUCAGGGCUCGCGACUGGCAACAGCGGCCGAUUCAAGCGUUAUGGCUGCACUUGGCACCAAAUGGGCGCACUGCGUAAACACACGGCUUGUGCUGGAGAGGGUGGGGCAGGGCAGAUGCAUCAAGAUAGCGAAAUCGCCGUCCUGCCCGAAUGCAGCAACUGCGUUUCGGAUUACGCACCGCGGCGUUGAAACCGAUCACCUGGCUUCAGGAGUGGCUGACCUGGAGGGGGAUGUGCUGGCGAUGGGUAUCGCCAACGAUGCUGCUUAUGACAUGUAA